GUCGGCUUCUCCUCCGAGUGGGCAAUAAAAACCACUACCUGCUCCUUUGUCUCCUCUCACACAUAAAUUACCCCGUCUCUCAGCAACGCACAGUCUUUCCUCUGUGACGAGAUCGUCAGAGCUUCAGCAUGGUGUCUAGCGGAAGGCAGAUUCUGGGGACGGCCCUGGCCAUCAUCGGCUUUCUGGGGAGCAUCAUCAUCUGCGCUCUCCCCACCUGGAAAGUCACGGCCUUCAUCGGUGCCAACAUCGUCACUUCUCAGGUGAUCUGGGAAGGUUUGUGGAUGAACUGUGUGACACAGAGUACAGGCCAGAUGCAGUGCAAAAUCUACGACUCUCUCCUGGCCUUGCCUCAGGACCUGCAGGCCGCCAGAGCACUCGUGGUCAUCGCCAUCAUCGUCGGGGUCUUUGGGAUCCUCCUGGCCGUGGUCGGGGGCAAGUGCACCAACUUUGUGGAUGACGAAAGGCAAAAGUGCAAAGUGGCCAUCGCUGCUGGAAUCAUCUUCCUCAUCGCAGGCCUCUUGGUGCUCAUCCCCGUCUCCUGGACCGCCAACACCAUCAUUCGUGAUUUCUACAACCCCCUCAUGACCAACGCUCAGAGGAGGGAGCUGGGGGCCUCGCUCUACAUCGGCUGGGGUACCGCAGGGCUGCUGUUCCUGGGUGGGGGUCUCCUCUGCAGCUCCUGUCCUCCCAGUGAUGAGAACGACUAUGACGUGAAGUACUCCAAGGCUCGCUCUGCGGACAGCAGCAAGGCCUACGUUUAGAUCGUCAGCAGGAAAGAGAUUAGACAAAGAAUAUAUGAAACGUUCACCGUCUGUUUGUCCCACAAAGACGAGUCAAGUUCAACCAUUUAGAAAAAGCAUCUGUAAUGUUGUUAGAAAAGACAGGAGCUUCUACAGGAUGCCACUUAAGCAUGUGUUUUAAUUUGAAAAACAUGUUGUAAAAUGUGCAGUUUUUUUGAUUCUUUAUAUGUGAACAUUCAGUUUUUUUGUAUUUUACACAAAUUUCUUUGUAUCUUUUGUUUAUGUUGUUAGUUAUUAGUUUCACACACUGAUAUAACAAGUUCUCUAUGACGUGUGUGAGAUUCAGAGCAUGUUUGUUAAAAACUGCUGUGUAUGAAACACGUUGUGUAUUUAUCUUUAGCCGUUACGUGUCUGAUACUCCCUCUCUCUAUCAAACUCACUGAAUAUUGAUGAUCAAGUGACUGAUUCUGUGUUAUUGUGUUUAUUACUGCAUGACAUUAAGAUGUAAAUCAUAUCUACAUGUAUGUGAGCAUGUGCAAUUACGUUUUUCCAUCUUGUUGCUGCUGGGUUUUUUUUGUGUUGCAGUUGCAGUGAUGAUAAAUGCCAAAUAUCUGGUUUGACAAGUUCACAUGGAAGAAUCCUUACAAACAGGCUGUGUGACUAUGUGUUCUUCCCGCCAACGAAACAAUGCUAAAUAAACCAAGAGACUGAUUGAUAACUCUGUGUAUAUGUAAUAUUUCCUCUUUUUAUCUCUUUUUUUUAACUUUUGCAUAAGAGGAUGAGAAGAUAAAAAGA